AUGUCGAAUAAUGAACAAACAAUUCAAUUUCCUAUUGCUCUUAAACCAUUAUUAACCGACUUUGUUGUUCAUGUUUUACGUGAUCGAAUACCAUCUGAUCAAUUACCAUCAUAUGCUGUACAAUAUUUUUCUGAGAGACAAAAUGCCCAAACGUAUACAGCAACGCUUGAUGAUAAUACGGAAUCAGCAGGCACAUUUUUAACUCAUCAAACAAGUCGUAUAUCUAACCAAACUGAUGACAUCAUAAAGGAUGAAAAACAGCGACGAAAAUCUGUUUGGGGUGGUUCACCGGAUCCAGAUCGAGAUUUAACCGAUAAAGUAGUGAUGAAAAAUCCAGAUGUAUUUCAAAUAUUAUGUAAAAUUGUACAAGAUGCAGUCAUUUAUGUUGGUGAUGAUCCAUCACUUGUUAAACAAUUUGUCAAAUAUCUUGCACCAAAAAAUGUUUUCAAAGGAGAAGAAAUUAUUCGACAAGGAGAUGAAGGUGAUUAUUUCUAUUGUAUUGAAUCAGGCAAAUAUGAUGUCAUUGUGAAUGGAAAAAAAGUAUCUGAACUUGAUAAUAAAGGUUGUUUUGGGGAUAUUGCUUUAUUAUACAGUCAACCACGUACAGCUACUGUCAGAGCUACCACCGAUGGAAAGCUGUGGUCAAUAGACCGAGAUACAUUCUCGACAUUAACUGUUUCAUUUGCUAUAAAACAACGUGAAAAAUAUUUAAAAUUUCUUCAUACAGUUAAUUUUAUUCAAACGUUUUAUGCGCGUGGUUGGUUGAAUGAAAAUCGUUUACAAGAUUUAGCUGAUGCACUACGGCCACGCUAUUAUGUAGCCAAUCAAAUUGUUAUUAAGCAAGAUGAUACAGAUGCAUAUGAAAUGUUUUUUAUUGAAGAUGGUUCAGUUAAAGUAACACGUCAAGAAACAGAUAGAACAAUACGUGAACUCAAAAUACUGGGAGUUGGAACAUGCUUUGGUGAAUUAGCAUUACUUGAAAAUAGACCACGUUAUGCAACAGUAACAGCACUUGAAGAGUGUCGUUUAGCAACACUAAAUGCAAAAUCAUUUGAAAAUUUACUUGGAUUUGAAUUAAAAACUAAACUGAAAGAAUUUGUUGAUAAAGAAUAUGCGACAGGAACAUUAGAUGGUGCACCUAAAAACAAGAAUUGA